AAAUGCAAAAAAAUGAAAAAGAGAAUCAAGCCACUUCAAAAGAAAAUUGAUGUUCUCUUCACGGAUGCUGUUGAGAGAUGGGAUGUAAAUACCAUUAACAAUCUUCCAGACUACAUGAUAUUUUGCUUCCUAACGCUUUAUAACACUAUCAAUGAAAUGGCUUUUGAUAUCUUCAUAGAUCAUGCAGUCAAGUGCCUUCCCCAUCUCAAAAAAGCUUGGUGUGAUUUGUGCAAAUCGUUUCUGCAAGAAGCAAAAUAGUCCAACAACAAAGUUGUACCAGCCACCAGGAUUCAAGGAGUACUUAGAAAAUGGUUCAGUCUCAUGCUCAAGCGGGAUUUUUCUUACUCACUCCUUCUUCUUACUCAAUCAAGAAA